AUGCCAUUGGAACAACGCCAAUUGACAUGCACCAACUUGGGCCUGAUAGAUAUUAACGGCCGAACACGCAAAACGAACGGACCAUUGUGGAGCGAGAAUCUCGCAGAAGCAUGGGGCGCUCCCCUCAAAAGUUUCGCACAAGCUGGCGCAUUGACCUGCGCCAGACCUGACGAAGUAUCGGAUCUCUCACAACAAUUCAUGGCUGCAAAGCCCGCCAUUUCAUCAGCUUCUUCGGGAGACAAUGCCGUUAAAAACAUUCAUGCGAUAUUCAUUGGCAAUACGGACGUUGCCGAUGGAGCGGAUUCAACUGUUCAAAUAGAGCCCUUGUUACGAUGCAUCAAACAACAUGUGCUCGAGAUACAACGAUUGGACGGCAAUGGUCGGAUACUGUUGCUUGGCUUACCGCCGCUGGAGUUCUCGCCGUUUUAUUUACACAACAAACAUCAGCAGGUGGUCAAACAACGCACGAUGGACUUCAAUGGCGCCAUUGAAGACGCAGCACAGGACUGGCACGACGAACUGAAGAUGGAUGUUGAGUAUGUGGACAUCUACACUGUGUUCAACGGCGUGCUCGGCGACCCUCAAGAGUACAACAUGGAAAACGUCGAAGAUGCUUAUUGGGAAAAGUGUCAAGGCACUUGUCUGGACCCUGUGGAUGAGUACCUCUGGUGGGAUAGUAUUCACAUGACCGGCGCUGGCCAUCAGGCUAUUUCAAAAGAAAUACUGGCACAUAUUCCCGCUCUCGAUACAUCUCGACCACCACCGCCCCCACCGCCGUCUUUGCCAGAUCCAUCUUCAUCAUCGACAACACAAGAGGACAUUGCUGGAGCAGCAGAAGCGCCGUUCUACACUCAAGUACACAUAGCUUCAUGGUUCUUACUCUUUUUCGUCUGCAUGUUUAUCCUGUUCUUGCUUCGACCCGCACGGAUCGCUGGAAUGUUUAAAAGCUGUGCCCGCACUCGCAAGUUUUCUAAACCUGCCAUGUCUGGCUAUUCCAUAGUAUAA